CCGCCGCAACCGGCGGCGCCGCCGGCGCCGCGCAGCACCUGCCGAGCGCCGAGCGCCCGGGCGACCGCCCGGCCACAGACGGCGCGGGUGCAUCCGACGGGUCCUGCGGGUCACUCCACGGGUCCGCCCAGUGCCCGGCCGAUGACCGCGCGGCCGGCCAGUGUGACCAGAGCACCGAGUGUCCGCCGCGAGUCCUCCGAAUCGGCGCUCGCCCGCUGUCCGCGCGCCGCGCCGGCUCCGCGCGCGUUGCAAAGCUCCAAAAGUGCCAGCAGCUUGACGCGGGGUAGCGGGACGCCAGGCUCUCCGGGCUCGCCAGAGCUGCCUUCGGUGGAGGAGCUGAAGCGAAUGAUCGAAGAGACGAAGAAGGAGGUGCGCGAGAUCCGACAAGUGGAGUCAAAGACCAGAUGGCAGAUUGUCAGGGAGGAACGCAGAGACAAACUGGCACAGACGAUUGCCACCCAGAGCGAGUUGAGGGAUUGGCGCUGGAAGCAGGUAGAAGGCAUGAAGGCAUUGGCCUUGCAGAGAGCUCAAGAAGCCAAAGAAGUGGAUCUCAAGGAGUCCAAGGAAUUCGUUCAGUUCAAACGCGAGGCCAAGUUGAGGAGCAAGGAGCAUGAACUGCAAUACCAGACAGAGGUCUAUGAAGAUCGCAAGAAGGACUCUGCCUGGACGGUGGAGAAAGCGCGGGAGGCCAGCCAACAAGAACAGGCCCUCGUGCGGGAGAAGGUGGAGGACGUGCAGCAGCUGCGACAGGAGAAAAAGCAGCAAGUGGAGCAGCAGAAGGUCAUCGCCGCACAGGAGCGAGCGCUCCAAGAACACAUGGAUGUGGCGCAUUUGGCUCGGCAGCUGGCCGCCGAGAAGGAAAGACUACUGGAGAACCUGCAGUUCAGCCGCAGCUGUUUACAGGCACCUUUAAGGCGGAGAUAGUCCAACCUCGUGACACGAACGGGGGCAAUGAAUGUGUUUCAGGCGAGCUCGCUCCGCGGGACCGUCCAGAACAAAUCGGCGGCCUCCUUGCGGUCGAGACCGCGACCGCCCGCAGAAGACGUGCGACCAAAAAGAAUCCCAACCAGUCAUACCAUGAUG